AUGGCUUUCUACGGAGUCCUUUACAAGCACGACAGCAAUGAAAACUUCGAGCCAUUCGUCAAGAGUUUAAACCUCCCCGACGACAAGGCUGCCGCGUACGCCAGUUACAAACCCUCCCAGAAAAUCGAACAAAACGGUGAUGAAUAUGUCAUCACCACCAUUGCGCCCCAAGGCCCCAUUUUGAUGAAAUUCAAGAGCGGAGUGGAAUUCGAAGAGCAAAUCUCACCCGAUAUCUCGGGCAAAAACACCAUCACAGUUGAUGGCAACAAAGUAACCCAAGUACAAAAGUUCGCUGACGGCAAAACGAUUACAUACGUCAGAGAGUACACCCCAGAGAAACUUGUUGUGACCAUCACAGCAAGCUUCUGGGACGGCACCGCUAAAAGAAUUUACCUCGCUUAA